AUGUCGUUUGCGAAAUCCGAGGUGGUUGUAUUCGUAUCAGCGCUUCUUAAGGAUGGGUUCAUCGGAAAGGAUGUGUUUGGAAAAGAGCCUGGAAUAUCGACAUAUAAACCCGUGUGCCACACUACCGAACCAUGGUUUGACUAUGUAGCAACUAUUCUUAGUGGAGAAGGGUCAGUUCUCGGGGAUAAAUGGACUGUGUUUGAGCUAUGGCUGGAUCAUCGAGCUAACCCCCAAAUUGGCAUAUUCGAGCAAGAGAUAUCGCCGCCCUCCGAUACCCCUAGUUGGCCCCAAUAUGGAUACAGCAAUUACAAGGACGUCACUGUAGCUACGAAGGUUGGUGGCGAAUGGACCUUGCCACCCUUCCGCGAUUGGGGAAGGCCUAGUGACAGCUACAUCUGGGUUAAUAGGGUCAACCAAAUUCACCAAAUCAACAGACCCCUGCGGAAGCCCGACUUCACUCUAAGAGACUACGUCGUCGAUUCCAAAGCCCCUAACAAAAAACGACUACUAGAACUCAUUGAUCGAAACAUCGCCCUAAUCGAAGCCGCCGAGGCAGAGCACAUUGCAGAAUUAUUUGAAGAACUCCCAUUAUUAGACGUCCUUGAAGUACCCGACUCCACACCAUGGAGCCACCCAGCAAAUUUACGCAAUGGAUCCUCGGAGCAGGCACGCCAGAUAUUCAGAAAGAAUAUUCCCAUGAUAUUGUUAUAUAAAAUAACACAAACUUACGGGACACAACAAUAUUCAUGGUGGCCGUGGUCCUCAUAG